AUACAACCAGAAUAAAUAAACAAGUAGUGCAUUGUCACUUUACCUCAGAAUGACUUGUAAUUAUGGUAAAUGUUUCCUCUUAAACGUAACCGUAAAGAAGUAACUUCAUUCGGAAGCCGGUCACACCACAUUGGCCGGAAUAUUAAACACACUGUCUGACCGAGAGCAAAGAACAGAGAGCAGAACUUCAAACUGCAUGUCAACCACAACACGCCCCGCCCACGCGCGCCUAUGAUUGGCUGUCUUCUUGCGUUAACAUAUCAUGCCCCGCCCGUUAACUGUUCUGAUUGGCUGGCCUUUGGUAGAACGAGAACUUUGGAGCAAGAACUUUAUAUUCUCUUACUACCUAGUCUUUGAAAAGAUCCACGGAAGGGAAAGGGAAAGACCGGUCAGUUCAAACGCCUUGGACUCUCAGUCCAUUUUUUUGUCGUUAGCACUUCGGAUAUGCACUCCCAGAAAACUCCCAGAAGCGGAUUAAGUUGCAAGAUGGUUCUUCAGGCUGUUGGUAAAGUUUUAAGGAAAUCCAAAACGAAGCCCAAUGGAAAGAAAGUGCCUGCUGAAGAAAAGAAGCACUACAUGGAGCCAGAGUACACAAAAGUGCGGGUCAUGGACUUCGACCUGAAAGAUUUGGUGGUGCUUCCCACCAAAGAGAUCGACCUCAACGAAUGGCUCGCCAGCAACACAACAACCUUCUUCAAUCUGAUAAAUCUGCAGUAUAGCACAAUCUCAGAGUUUUGCACUGGGGACACAUGUCAAGCCAUGACGGCCUGCAACACCAUAUACUACUGGUAUGACGAGAGGGGGAAGAAGACGAAGUGCACAGCACCUCAGUAUGUUGACCUUGUCAUGACUUUCGUGCAGAAAUUAGUGACGGACGAAGAUAUCUUCCCCACAAAAUACGGCAAAGACUUUCCCAACUCAUUCGAGUCUCUGGUGAAGAAGGUCUGCCGGUAUCUGUUUCACGUGUUGGCUCACAUCUACUGGGCUCACUUUAAAGAGACCGUGGCUCUGGAGCUGCAGGGACACUUGAACACACUGUACACACAUUUCAUCGUCUUCGUCAGAGAAUUCAACCUGGUCGAACCCAAGGAGACCUGCAUCAUGGACGACCUGUCGGAGGUGCUGUGCGCCCCCCUGCCGCCCCAUACACACAAUCAUGUGACCGAGAGAUGAGCCUCGAACUCGAGGAAGACGACGAAACGUGCAAGUCCUCUUUGGAAGGGCCCCUGCAUCACUAUUUCUCACCGUGAGAACUGUUCAAAAGAUGGGGCCGAAGGCCGGUGGCCUGCAGUUCUCGUACCAGCACAGAUUGGUGUGAAUGUUUCCUACAGGACGAAACAAUCUGUCUACAUUCUCAUUUAUACAGGAACAAUUUAUAUUUUAAUUUGCAUUUUUAUUAUUAUUUUUGUGCAUGCGCUCGUGGAGGUUUUCGUUUUCUUUUAGGGAAUGGUGUUUCAGCUCGGCUCUCAUCAGUGCCUUAGAUUUGUAGCUACGGUAUUGUCUGUUUAUAUGCAACAAUGUCUAGAAAGUUAUCAUUGACCUCUGGCUCCCCCUUGUGGAGGGAGUGACGUCUCACACACACCGACUGACUGUUUAUGAUCUCUGCAGCCUUAUUUCACAUAAACCUAGUGCAAAAUCUCUUUUUCAUAUUCUAGCCAUCAUUAUCCAUUUCUUUGUUCUUUAUAUAUAUAUUUCUAUAUGUACUUAUUAGCCUUUUAAGAUGAUGUAUAAAGGGUUUGAUGGUUUGAAUGAUGCUUUAGAGAAAGUCUGGACUUGCUUUGUAGGUUUCCAACAAGGAUAUCGGCGAUGUCUGCUCGCUCAGAGAGACGCUGCAUUGUUGCAUGGCAGUUGACUUUGACUGUGUUGCAUUGAUGAGCACAUCCUCCAGCGUCGCAACCUUUAUUUUUUAUUUCACGUUUUUAUUCUUAAGUUAGCAGAGGUCAUGGAUAUUGUGGCUGCUCAUGUGUGUAGAAAAUGCACAUUCAUUUUGUUUCUCAAGAAAUAGAUUGUAACUAUAUAAGAAAUCACAAUAAUUGCCUUUAGCGAGAGAGCAUCUCUCCUCCUUAUUUAUUUUAUUUUUACUUUAUCUAUUUGCAGAGUUCCUCAGUUCUUGCUUUCUUUUUUAUGUAUUUUAAUUAUCUUAAAUUAAAAGCCACUUAAUAUUUUAAGCUCUGCGAAAUAUAAUCAGAU